AUGGAUGAGACUAGUUGGAUUAAAAUACUUUCAUUUUUGUUCCUGCUGCCCCAGUUUGCAGUGGCAGUGGGUGUACAGUAUUCCUUCCCCAAUGUUUUAAGUGGAGAUGAUGCCACAUUAUCUUGUGGGAAUGUAAUACUCAGUGAGUCUGAAUGUGGAAGUACUAACUGGUCAUUCACUCAUUUUGGACUCAGAGUGAAUCUGGUUGAAUAUGGCCGCAUUCUGGAAAAUACUACAGUUCAUUCAGACAGACUGAGACUUACAUCAAACUGCUCUCUGGUUAUAAAGGACGUCACAGCUGAGGAUGUCGGAUUCUACUACUGUCAGCAGGACAAAUAUGGAAAAGAAGAGCUGAACACUUGGAUUUCUCUGUCAGUUAUUAACAUGCAUAAACAAGAAUACAAUGAGAAGAUGACACUGUCCUGCUCUGUGUUGUCACCUGGCUGGUGUAAACAUACGCUGACAUGGCUGUAUGGAGAUAAAGCUGUGGAUGAAAACAGCAAAGACACACACAUGCCACGGCAUCGCUGCUUUGCUAAUGUCACAGUUAAUAAGUCAAAGGGCACUGAGUUAUUUAAGUGUCAAGUGAGAGAUAAUUUCAACACAACAGUCCAUAUGUUUCCCUUAAGCCCUCGAUCCAAAGAUGUCUAUCCAGACUGGUUAAGGACAACUAUAGUGUCAGUGGGUUUAACAGCACUCAUACUAUGUGUUGUAGGAGUCAAUUUGUGGGCAAAAUUUAAAGGAAAGAAAACUCAGACGGAUAACAAUGCUGUGAUGGUGAUCCAGUAA